UUAUGAUUAUUAUUUUUGCCCAUAUGUCUCCACUCCCUCCUGUCCCAGUAUCCGAAGUGUCGCAAAAAUAUACAUACAACAACUUGUAUGUAUAUAUCCUUUGCACUCUCUGCAACACUUUUUCCCCACAGAAUCGGCGAUACUCUCUCUCUCUCUCUCUCUCUCUCUCUCCUCUCUUUCUCUCUCUACAUAUGCGAAUGCAGGCCGUGAAUCAGAAAGCCGCAAUUUUUUUUUUCCGGUGAGAUCUGAAGCACAAAAUGAAACGGAGCACUCGACUCAGCUCGGCCGUUUUUCAGCUCACUCCAACUCGAACUAGGUGUGAUUUAAUCAUCAUAGCAAAUGAUAAAAAAGAGAAAAUCGCUUCGGGAUUGCUAAAUCCAUUUCUUGCCCACCUGAAGACUGCUCAAGAUCAAAUCGCUAAAGGCGGUUAUUCGAUUUUGCUUGAGCCGAAGAAUGGCACUGAUGCAGCAUGGUUCACCAAGGCCACUUUAGAAAGGUUUGUCCGUUUUGUGAGCACCCCAGAGAUCUUGGAACGUGUGUACACGAUAGAAACCGAGAUUUUACAGAUUGAGGAGGCAAUUGCCAUGCAGAGCAACAAUGAUAUAGAGCAAAGCAUUUUGGAAGAUCAUGAAGGAAAACCUCACGGAAACUGUGAAGUUAACAGAUCACCGCCCAAUGAUAAUGAAGAGAAAGCAAUAGUCCUUUACACGCCUGGAGCAUCAGUGCCUGAAGCUAAUGGGUUGUGCUUGCAGGAGGGAAAUUCAAAAGUUCAGCUUUUGAAAGUCUUUGAAACCCGCAAGACAAUGCUACAGAAAGAACAAGGAAUGGCCUUUGCACGCGCUGCAGCUGCAGGUUUCGAUAUUGAUCACUUGGCAUCACUCGUGUCUUUUGCUGAGUGUUUUGGGGCCUUGCGUUUAAUGGAAGCUUGCUUUCGGUUCAUUGACCUGUCGAAGAAAAAGCAUGAAACUGGGGAAUGGCUUGAUAUUGAAGCAUCGGAAGCAUUAUCCUCGCGACCAGACUUCUCAAACAUGAACACGUCUGGUAUUAUUUUCUCUGCCACACACAACAAAAAUGACGAGUCCAAUCACGAGCAGGCUUCAGAGGACAAUGGCAAUUCAGGCUCAACAUAUAAUGCAGCAGAUAAUCCAGCUCCAAUCAGUCAGCAAGAAUAUUUUCAAGGGAAAUUCCCUCAUAUUGCGUUUCCGCCAUGGCCUAUGCAUGCGCCACCUGGCGCCCAACCAGUAUUUCAACCAUACCCCGUGGGAAUCCCAUACUAUCAAACUUAUGCAGGCAGUAGUCCUUUCUUUCAGCCACCUCACCACCCGCUCGACCAUUUCCCAUCAAAUCUUAGUGAUCAGUCAGGACAAAAGAUACAAACCUAUGAUGUUAGGGAUGUUAAUACGGGUGCAGAAGUUUCACACAAUGAGAAACCACGGAAAAAAGCGGGAGGAUCUAAAAAGAAGCAACCAGGCAUGGUUGUAAUACGGAAUGUUAAUUACGUCACUUCUAAAGAGAAGAAAUCUGACAGCGAAUCCAACUCGAGUUCAGAUUCCGACUUCGACACAGAAGAUGAAAAUUUGAAGGCGGGUGAUCUGGACUCAAUUGUUAGUAAUAGUAAUAGUUCUUCGAGAAUUGAAGGAAAUCAUGUCAAGUCUGUGGAUAAAUUGAAUUUCAGCAAUGACAGAGUAUCUAAUUCCCGAAAGGACGCCCUUGAUGGAAAUUGGCAGGCAUUUCAGAAUUGUUUAUUGAGAGGAAGUGAUGAAGAUGCUCAAGCUGGCAAUGAGGGCAUGUUUGCAAUGGAGAACGAUGCUAUAGUAAAGAGACGCGUAAACACUGCAAGCAAUGAUCAAUUAGGUGAAGAUGGUUUACUAUACAGAGGGGAUCGUGAUUUCAGGGGAUCCAAUGGUCAAACAGAUGGUCAAUUUGCAGAAGCCAAUGGAACGAAGAUCUUGUCUAGGACGACACAUGAAGAUUUCACAAUUGGCAGUCAACAGAACCAGGGAAUUUUCAGGAGUUCCUCGGAUCCGUUUGCGGUUAAUCUGUUCGAGGGUGCCACCAGUAAGAUGGAUAGAGAAUCCACACAUGGUAUGGCCGAUGAAACUUUCAUUGUACCAUUUAGGUCAGUCUCCAUGGAUCAAGUUCGACUAGCCGAUAGAGCUGCCAUUGAUGUAGAUUCCGAGGUUCAGUUGGAUUCGGACGGAAAUACAAACAAACUAUUUUAUGAGCCUGAUGCUUUAAGCUUGAUUCCUGAACGGGGAACAGAAAGUAGGCCUGUUGGAUAUGACCCUGCUUUGGACUAUGAAAUGCAGGUCUCGGCAAAAGGGUCGAUUCAGAAAGAUGGGAAAGAUGUUACUGAAAUGAAGGAAGGGUUAAGGAAUAAAGAUAGAAAGCCAAAGGUUACUUUAGACUCUGUACACAAGCACAGAAGUGGAGGCCCGUUAAAGGGAAAACCAUCAAAGAUGAGUCCCCCAGAAGAUGCACGAGUUCGUGCUGAGAGGUUAAGAUCGUACAAAGCUGAUCUCCAGAAAAUGAAGAAAGAGCAGGAAGAGGCCGAUGCAAAGCGCCUUGAAGCAUUAAAGCUUGAGAGACAAAAGAGAAUUGCAGCCAGAGGCAGCUCCAAUUCUGUGAAGCCAUCUGUACUCUCGCCUCAGACGAAGCAAAUUCCAGCAAAACUUUCUCCUGCAACUAAUAGAAGUUCCAAGUUCAGUGAUUCAGAGCCUGGUUCAUCGUCACCCUUACAGAGAUCCAAAAUCAGAACUUCACUAGGAUCGACUGAGCCUCUUAAGGCCUCUAAAGCUAGUAAAUUAAGCGAGGGUAGCCACAUGGCAGGCGAUAGGUUGACCAGGUCCUCAUCAUCAUUGUCCGAGAUAAAAAUUGAAAGAAAUGUUCGUAAACCCGAUUUGAAGGCUUCCAUGGCUCAAACUAGAAGAUUAUCAGAGCCCAAAGUAGUUAAAAAUCCUCUUGUUAGUUCCGUGAAGACUCGAAGUGCUGAAGCGGGACCGAGAAGGAAGUUGUAUGAAGGACCCGAGAUGAACAAAAUAUCCGCUAUCAUAAACCUUGAUAGAAUUAAAGCUGCAACUCUACCUGAACUGAAGAUCAAAGUGUCGAAGUCGCACGAAAAUGCAGGUGAGAACACAUCAUCAGCUGUAAAUGAUCAAAAGAUUGGUGCAGAUGAAAACCCGGUCGUUGAGAAAAAUGUAGUGAUGCUCGAGUAUGAGAACCCUUCUCCUCCGAUUCUGCAUAAAGAACAAAAAAGGGAUGCGAUGUUCGAUUCACUCGUGGAUGGAGUUGAUAGAGUUCCCAUAUCUUCUCAACUCCAAAAGCAUUCGGGUUCUAAUGAGGUUAGGACAGCCGCCUACCCAGAGAAGGAUAAUCCAAGCGUUGCUAACAAUACCACUGCUGAAAAAUCUUAUCAAGACCCUUGCACCGAGGAAUCGGUCAAAGUUCAUGUCGUUGACGUAAAAACCCCUAAAUCGGACAAAAAAGCAGCAACUUCGGACAAGACUCCUGCUAAGGAAUCAUCAAGAGGUUUGAGGCGACUUUUGAUGUUUGGAAAGAAAAACCAUACUUCGUCAUUGGUGGAUGAAAGUUUCGAUUCGGACUGUACGAGUGUUGAUGCCGCUGACCAUGACGAUAAUGCAAGUCAAGUUGGCACAUUGAAGAAUCUAAUCAGGCAGGAUGAAACCUCUAGUGCUAGUAAUUCUUCUCAAAAGAUUUCUCGCCAUUUCUCUUUGUUAUCGCCUUUUCGGAGCAAAACAAAGGAAAAGAAACGACUAUCGUAGAAUUCUCAAGAUGUCGAUCGAGGCUUGACAAUUCAGCUGAUUUACGACACUAGUUGAUUUAUGCACUCUAUUUUAUGAUUAAAAUGCGAUAACUCAUCUGAACAGAGAUCAUUGUACAUCCUUAACUAAAUAUACUACUAAUAGUCAAUUAUUCGUCGAUUAAAAUAAGCAUUCGUUCCGUUUUGAA